AUGGGAGACUUCCUCCUCUUGCCACGCGAGGGCGGCCGCGACGGCGACGCAGCGUCGAACGGUCUGCCCUCCAUCCGAAGCCUUGCCGGCCUGCUGAAGCGGGCUCGGGCGCAGCAGAGCGCACCAAAGCCUGCGAAUGCCACCCGGCGGAUACCGUCUCUCGCCACACGCCUUUCCGAGUCGUUACAAGCUCGCGUCAACCAAUCUCGGGAAGCGCGCCGGGCAUCGCAAGAGCGCCAUGAACGCCAACAGAUCCUCGAACUGCGGAUGGCCAAUGCCACAACCUACCAAGAGUGGGAAGCAGCGGCGCAUCUGCUGGACGAGCUCGACGAACACGAAACAUGGAAAGCCAGCAGCGACAGCGACGAGUUCUACAACCCCGACCUCGUCCAGGCGCGCCUCAAGGACCUUGAAGAUGCCCGCCUCUCGUCCGACAUCCGCCGCAUGAUGCACCUCGUCCGCACGGCCCUGUCGCGCGACGUCGGCGGCAUCAGCAGCGCCGGCCUCUACAGCCACACGCACACCGGCACGAAAUACCUCGUCGAGCGCUAUGCCCAGGCCUCGGUGGACCUGAUCCAUGCCCUCGUCGACCGCUCGCGCAGCGCGGCGGCGCUGCCCAAGGGCCUGACGCACCGGGAGAUGCUGGACCAGCUGCUGUUGGCGCGCCGCAGCUACGGCCGCAGCGCUCUUGUGCUGAGCGGCGGCUCCGUGUACGGCAUGGCGCACAUUGGCGUCAUGAAGGCACUCUUUGACCGCGGACUGCUGCCCCGCAUCAUCUCGGGCACGUCGGCCGGGUCCAUCGUUGCGGCUGUCGUGUGCACGCGGACAGACGAAGAGAUCCCGGCGCUGCUGACGCGCUUUGCCCACGGCGACCUAGCCGUGUUCACGGACAAGGACAACCCGGACUCGUGGCUGACACACAUUGGGCGUGCCCUGCGCUACGGUGCGUGGCACGACAGCCGGCACAUUGCACGGGUCAUGCGCGAUCUACUGGGCGACAUGACCUUCCAGGAGGCCUUUAACCGCACGCGCCGCAUCUUGAACAUUACCGUAUCGUCGAAGCCGGGGCUGCAGCUGCCGUCGCUCUUGAACUACCUGACCGCGCCCGACGUCAUCAUCUGGUCCGCCGUGGUUGCGUCGUGCUCCAUUCCGGGCGUGUUCGACCCGCGGCCGCUCCUUGUCCGCGAUGCCGAGACGGGCGAGCAUGUGCCGUGGGAUCCGGCCGAGCAGCUGUGGAUCGAUGGGUCGCUCGACAACGAUGUGCCCGUCGAGCGACUGGGCGAGAUGCUGAAUGUCAACCACUUCAUCGUGUCGCAGACGAACCCGCACAUUGUCCUGUUUGUGAGCAACACCGAGACGCUGGACGCGCCGCACGACGGCAGCGCAUCGUCGUCCGCGCCGUCGAUUGGCGAGAUUCUGUACACGCUCGGGUGGCUCAGCAAGUCCGAGGCCAUCUACUACCUCGAGACGCUGGUGGACAUGGGCCUGUUCCGCGGCAGCCUCAGCAUGCUGCUGCAGAUGCUCAACCAGCGCUACACGGCCGACAUCAACAUCCUGCCGCGCAUGAGCCUGGCCUGGGGCACGAACCUGAUUCGCAACCCGACCACCGAGUUUAUGCUCGAGGCCUGCCGCGUGGGCGAACAGGCGACGUGGCCCAGCAUCUCGCGCAUCGAGCAGGCGUGCGCCGUCGAAGUGGCCCUGGACAAGGCCGUGCACACGCUGCGCGAGCGCAUCGCCUUCAGCGACAGCCAGGUGAACCUGCGGCGCUUCUUUACGGGGUCGUACGAGCUCGGCGUGCGCGGAAACAGUCUAUAUGGCGGGGCGCCGUUGGUGGGCACCACGUGGGACACGGCUGCCGCCAUCAACGCCAGCGCGCGUGCCAGCGCAUGCACCGUCGACGGCAACGACGGCGACACAGACCCGACGUCGACCAACAACAUGAUGUCGCCGCUGGACGGGCACCACCUGACGCCCACCUCCCGCCGCAGCCGGUCGCCCGUGGCGCACCGCCACAGCCAGCACCUCCACAACCAGCUCCUGAGCCACAGCCACCACCGGCAGCACAAGCGCCGCGGCUCGGGCGGCAGCAUCCAAAUGUCGGCCCGCCGGCGGCACAACCGCCACGCACUGGAGACGAUCUUGAGCGAGGACAGCGGCGGAACGCAGGACUCGGACGCGCAUCUCCUGGCCGACGAUGGCGGUCUGUCCCUCGCCGUCCGUCGUGGCAUGGCUGAUAUGAACCUGUCGGCGUUCUUUGAUAACAAGGACGGCGGCGGCGGCGCUGGGGGCAGCGACGGCGACGGCGGCAACGGCCGCCCCCGCCUGACGCACAGCGUGAGCUACUAUGGCGUGCCGCCGCACACGUCGUCGUCGCAGGUGGCAGGUGCCGGCUACAGCCACCACAUUCCCAGCCAGCUCCACCAACGCUCACCCGCAGCGUACCGUGGUGCAGUGAAGCAGAACAGCCUGCAGCAACUGCCCAUGCCGACGCCGGCCUCUGCCUCUACGCAGACGCCGUCGCCGACGACGUCGUUUACGCGCAAGGGCUACAACUGGGGGUUUGGCGACCGGUCGGUCGGCGGGUUGACGCCGUUUGCCCAGUUCGGGCCGACUGACAACGGCGACGGCGCGGCCGACGAAGACGACGGAUCGCCCGUCCUGCAGAUGAAGGCCCAGCAGCGGCGGCAGCGGCGGAACUCGUCGACGUCCUCGGCCGUGUCUGCGGUGUCGGCCGCUGCCGCCGCCGCCGUGGCCGCCGCACACCACGCCGUGAUGCAAGCCGUGAGUGGAGGGGGCGGCGCGAGUGACGCGCCGGCGACGGCGUCCAUGACCACACCGCAGUCGCCACGCGCGCAGCGGAUGCAGCCCUUCCCGACGUCCGCGGGCGUUGUCCCAAGGAUGACACGUGUGUCCAGCACGACAUGGUACCCGGGCGUGGUGCCACCGUCCCUCGCGCGUCGAGCCUCGCACGACGAGUCGUCCGAGGAGACGCAAGAGGAAGACGAGGACGACACGAGCGGCGAUUGCGACCCGUACGAGGGAGAUGGGACGGAGAGCACGACGCAUGAGCAGGCGACGACAAAGACGUCCCACACGCCGCCCCGCCCGGUGCGCCUCGUGCGGCGCUGCAAGUCCGUCCCGUCCAUGGCUGUCAACGACGGAGGCGCAUUGGAAAAGGGCAAACAGCGCUCACGCCACCAUCAGCAGCAUGUUGCUGCUGCCGCUGCUGCACGUGCCACACCGCACACACCGCACAAACCGCCGUCCACUACGCGGGCACCUUCGCAGGAGUCGGUCGAACAUGACCACACCGAGGUGGAGGACGAGGAGGACGAGGAGGACGACAUGCUCGACGGUGGCGACGACACGCGUGGCAGCAACUCGGACGUCGACGACGGCGACGUUUUUAUGAGCGGUAGUGGUCGGCAAACGCAGAAGCGUCCCCGGUUUCCUGCUGCUGAAACAUUAUCGAGCGAUUGA